GAUUAAAAGAUCGAAGUGUUAAGCGACCCAAUCCACUUCCACAGAGCUACACCGUCAGUCGGAUCCGGCCAUGGCCAUGGCAUCUCCAAACAACAAAGCGCUGGAGCGGUACAAGAGCGCCGUGACGGUGGCCACCUCCGUGGUGGGCGCGGCCAUGCUGCUGCGCCGGCUGAUAGCCGACAUCCUCCCAGGCACGGCCCUGGGCGGGCUGCUCCUCCUGCCGCCCGCCUCCGCCCGUCGCCACGUGGUGCUCAUCGAGGAGUUCGACGGCGCCCUGUACAACCGGGUCUUCCUGGCGGCCAGGGCGUACGUCUCCACGCUCCUGGCCGCGGCGCCGUCCGUGCCGCUCAUGAAGGCCAGCCUGCCGCGCGGUUCCGGCGCGGAGCACGUCCUGCUGGCCAUGCGCCCCGGCACGGCGGUCGUGGACGCGUUCGGCGGGGCGCAGCUCACGUGGCGCCUGAGCAGGAAGCACGACGGCAGCAGGCGGCGUGCCGCGGCGGAGGACGCGCGCGAGGUGUUCAAGCUGAGCUUCGAGGCGCGGCACAAGGACAUGGUGCUCGGGUCGUACCUGCCGGCCGUCAUGGCCCGGGUCGAGGCCAUGUCCCAGGAGCAGAGGCAGACCAAGCUGUACAGCAACGAGUGGGGCAAGUGGCGGACCGUGAGGCUCCGCAACGCGUCCACGCUCGCGACGGUGGCCAUGGACGGCGGGCUGCGGGAGGCCGUGGUGGACGACCUGGACAGGUUCUUGACCCGGAAGGAGUACUACCGGCAGACAGGGAGGGCGUGGAAGAGGGGUUACCUGAUCCACGGGCCGCCGGGCACCGGCAAGUCCAGCCUCGUCGCGGCCAUCUCCAACCACCUCCAUUUCGACGUGUAUGACCUCGACAUCGGCGGCGUCAGGUCCAACACCGAGCUGAGGAAACUGCUGAUCCGGAUGAAGAACAGGUCCAUACUGUUGGUCGAGGAUGUCGAUUGCGCCCUUACCACGACGCCGCGGAGAGACGUGAACGGAGAAGGCCCCGAUGGAAGCAGCCCGGCGUCCAAGAAUCACAAGGUCACUCUGUCGGGGCUGCUCAACAUGGUGGACGGCCUCUGGUCCAGCAGCGGCCAGGAGCGCAUCCUCAUCUUCACCACGAACCACAAGGACCGGCUGGACCCGGCGCUGCUCCGGCCCGGCCGGAUGGACAUGCACGUCCACAUGGGCUACUGCGGCUUCGUCGCCUUCAGGGAGCUCGCGGCCAACUACCACGGCGUCCACGACCACCCGCUUUUCGCCGAGAUCGAGGUGCUGCUUCGAGAGGUGGAGGUUGCGCCGGCGGAGGUCGCCGAGAAGCUGCUCGCGACCGACGACGCCGACGCCGCUGUCGAGAUGGCCGCGAAGCUGCUGAGGGACAGGAAGGCGGGCACCGGGGAAGAUGCCGGGUACAUCAAGCAGAAGCUGCACGUAGGGCCUAGGCGCCCGCGUCGGCAGCCGGCGCCGGCGCCUCGUCGUGGCGUCGUGGGUGCUGCAAGACGAGUGGUGCUCGACGAGGAAGUUGGUGGCUCCUCGCGACGAGGGGGCCGUGGAUCAGGGACAGCGCGGCGUGGCCGAGGUGGAGUGCGCGGACGUGGACGGCGGUAAACAAACCUAGUACUGUACCAAACGCCAGCUGCCGUGACAAUCAGCACAUGCCACUACAUACGGAUGGAUCUUUUGUAAAUCUUGUGCACACUAAGGUAGCAUUACAAUGUGCGAUUUGCUAAUUCUCCAUUAAUCGAGAUUUACCUUAGCGCUCGGUCGAUGGAGGGGUAGUUCUUCCGAUUGUUUUAUCAUGUCUUUUUUUUAGCAACAUCCGUCACUUCUAUCAAAUCACCAAAAGACAGGGAAUACAACCGUCCUCAGGCGGAUCACCGAGCCAAAGAUAUCUCC